AGUACCAUGUUAGGCUGUUAGCUAGUAGUAACAAUCUAGCCAUGACGAAGCCAUUUUCUCCAUUUGUUCAAGCUCCGUUCCUCAGGGCCGCCAUUAUUGUCCUCGUCCCCUUCUUCCUCCUCGCGCUCAUCUACUUUGUUGUCUUCCCAAAUGACUACAGGCUUCAGGCUUGGCUCAACCCAUGCUCUGCACGCAACCACACGUCGGCCCAGCUGAUUGGCGCCGACGCCUACACGGCCGUCGUCGACUUCCGCGUGCUCCUCGGCGUGCUCACCCUGCCGUCCUCCUACGAGCGGCGCGCGCUCCUCCGCCUCGCCUACAAGCUCCAGCCGCCGCCGUCAGGCGCGGCCAUCGAUGUCCGCUUCGUCUUCUGCAACGUCACCAACGAGGAAGACGCCGUGCUGGUGGCAAUGGAGAUCAUCGUCUACGACGACAUCCUCGUGCUCAACUGCACGGAGAACAUGAACGACGGCAAGACCUACGACUUCUUCUCUGCCGUCCCUCGCCUCUUCGCCGAUCAAGUGCCGUCCUACGACUACGUGGGCAAGGUCGACGACGACAUCUACUACCGCGUGGGCCACCUCGCCGACACGCUGCGCGGCAAGCCGCGGCAGGACAUGUACCAUGGUUUCCUGUUGCCUUGCGACGUUGAGAGGAAGCCCGGGGAGGACGAGUUCAUGGCGGGGUGGGGGUACAUCGUGUCGUGGGACGUGGCGGUGUGGAUCUCGGAGACGGAGGAGCUGGGCGAUGAUGUCAAGGGGCCGGAGGACAUGACGUUCCGGCGGUGGCUCCGGCGGGGCGGCAAGGGGAAGAACUUGUACGGAGAGGACCCGGCACGGAUGUAUGACUACCUCGACUACCGGUGGCCCGAUGGGUUGAGCUGCUUCCGGCAUGCGCUGGUGCCGGACACCAUCGCCGUGCACUACCUCAAGAACCGGUUCAGGUGGGCGCGCACGCUCAAGUUCUUCAAUGUUACUAUGGGGCUUAAGCCUUCCAAGUUGUACCAUCUAGAUUUGUGAUUCAUCCAAAGUUUAUUAUGUGUUUGGUUGCUGGAUGGGUUGGAGCUUUUCAAAAAAAAAAUGUUUGGAUCGUGAGCGGGUCUGAACGGAACGGCUCAAUGGAUUGAUUUUCACCUCGAAAAUAUGAACCGUCUUGUUCUUCGAAA